UCACCUGAAUCACCUGAAUCACCUGGCCACCAUCGCCCAAGGAAUCCAGCAUAUGUCCACCAGCGUCGACAACUUAACUCACGUUUUGUCAUCAGUCAUUCUACAUAUAUAUCCUGACAUAGAAGACGAGCCCGACCUUAACCCCUCAGAAGCGCCGCUGACGGACUCCCCCGCCAUCCUACGCCGGACGAGGAACAAGUCUCUCUCAGCCGAGCAGAAGGACGUUGCUUCCGAGCGCGUUCCCUCCCGCAGCCUCGACCCCCAAGGCCAGCAGCCGGAAUUCAGGGAACGAGGCGGUCUGUCCGAGCUGGAAUUCCUGCGAGCGACGAGCGACCUGUUGAACUCAGAGCUGGAGCAAAGGGAGAUCGAGAGUCACCACCUGAACCUCAACCUUAGCCAGCUGGAGAUGGAGGCCCAGCGGCAGAGGGAAUGGGGUCACCAGCUGCUGGGAGUCCGAGCGAAUGACACCGAAGAGGAACGGAAGCUGAUGCGGGCCAGUUUGUUGGAAGCGGCCAAGCUCAAGAAGCAGCUGGAAGAAGACCUGAGAGACAUCCAAAGGGACAGGGACGAACUCGAACAGCAGAACAGAGACCUCGCGAAACACAACGAGGUCCUCGAGAAAAGGGAGAGUGAGAUCGAGGAAGAAAAUCAGCAAGAGGAACAGAGAGAAGUCGCGCUCUACAGGGAAAGGAACUCGUUGGCAGAGGCCACCAAGAAAGCUUUAUUAGACAAGGUCAUCCUCGAUCAAGACAUCGCUAGGUUGGAGCAGGAGAAGAGGAAAUACAGGGAGCUGACACGGGGCAUGGCAAGGCGCGUCUACGAGCUGGAGGCGAGAUGUCGCGCUAAGAACUGAAAAAAAAUUAGUGAAGAGAUUCUAAAGGCUAUCAGUCGGUCCAAAAAUCAUGGUUCCGAGAAUAUACUCAGUGUAGUAUACCUAAAAACUUUCAUUCAGACCAAAGUUCUCAGUAGUUCAAGUGUUCCAAGAAUACUUACUCUGUGUAGUGAUUCUGACACUUUCUAGAUCAAAGUUCUCAACGGCAAAGGGUUCUGUGGAGAUCCUAACCAUAUCAAUUCUUAUCGAAAGAACUAUCCCCUUCCCCCAAAAAAGAAGAAGAAAAAAAUGAAGUCUACUAGUGCUGCGAUAGUGUGUACAACACGUGAACAGAUAUAAUGUAUACAUGAAAACAAAAUUUUUUUUAGUGACAUGUAUACAUUAGGUCCUCCCAACUGACUGCUUCACCUCGGCAAGUCAGUAAGAAGAAGAAGAAAAAAAAACAUUACGAAAAGACAGGAUGAAAACACGUCUAUCAUCAACAACAGCACAACCAUUUGUUAUAAUCUGUUGUACCUGUGUGUCAAGGAAUGUCAGUGUGUGUGAGGGAACUUGAAGUGUCAUUUUGGAGCAGGACGGCCCUCUCAACUAUGCUAAAACUGUGAUUUUCAGGCAUCUAUAUGCUUGACUUUGCAAAGUCGUUUGUAUAUAAUGAAUGUAAUUAGUGAAUAAACUUGUACUUAAAACCAUGUAGUAAAUAUGUCAAAGGAAA